AUGUUUCGGCUGCGUCCUCGCCUUUUUCGUUCCAAACGGGCAUGUGAUCUUCGUUACGGAUCGACGCCGUCUACAAACGUGUCGCCGAUCAUUUUCGAUCUACGGAUUCCACAACGCCGAUCAGUUCAUUACCCCGCCCUUAGCGCUCGUUGGUGCGACUAUGGCCAAUCAGCAUUCAUGCAGUGGGUUACUGCCAAUCAGGGGUUCUCUAGAUCUGCACCACCCCUGAUCGCUCGUCUUCCGACUUCUCGCCACCAAAAGCGCGUACUUAACACUGCUACAUCCUGCAUUACUCGCUGUACCUAUCCAUACAUCGAGGCUCGCAAUCCUACCACUAUGUCAGCAGAACCUGGAAUUCAAAUUAUCGUCGUCGGCGGCGGGCUCGCCGGCUUAUCCGCGGCCAACACCGCUCUGGAAUGUGGAGGAAAUGUUCUUAUGUUGGACAAAAACACUGCUUUUGGCGGAAACAGUGUUAAAGCUGCUAGCGGUAUUAAUGGUGCUCCUACUCAGACUCAGAUCGACAAAGGUGUUCAGGACAGUUAUCGAACCUUUUACGAUGAUUCCAUUAAGUCAGCUCGCAGCAGAGCACAUCCUGAGCUGCUUCACACACUCGUUUCAAAAUCCUCCUCAGCAAUUGACUGGCUGGAUGAGCGUUUUGGACUUAAAAUGAACGAGGUUUCACUUCUUGCUGGACACUCGAAGCCAAGAACACACAGAGGAACACAUCCAGACUAUCCCUACAAGCCUCUUGCCUUCGUUCUGCUUGACCAGACGGAAAAAUACUCCGUUGCUCAUCCUGACCGUCUUGUUAUCAAAAAAAAUGCCCGUGUUUCUAAGUUACUGCUGAACGAAGACCAUUCUGCAGUCACCGGUGUUGAGUAUGAGUUUGACGGUGCAACUCAUAAAGCUUAUGGACCCGUCAUUCUUGCUACCGGUGGUUACGCCGCCGAUUACAGCGAAGACUCGCUUCUCCGUUUGUAUCACCCCGAGGCGUUGUCUUUAGCAACGACAAACGGUCCUUACUGUACUGGUGACGGUCAUAAAAUGGUCAUGUCCAUUGGUGGAAACACGGUAGACCUUGACCUUGUCCAAAUCCAUCCCACCGGUUGGGUCGACCCAAAAAACAGAGAUGCUAAGACCAAGUUCUUGGCUGCAGAGGCUCUUCGCGGUUCUGGCGGUAUUUUAGUGAAUGCCAAGGGCGAGCGUUUCGUGGAUGAGCUUGCUUAUCGCGAUGAAUUAACUGCGGAGAUGCGUAAGACGGAAAGCCCUGUGUUCCUUGUGCUUAACAGUGCAGCGGCUAAGGAGGUUGCAAACUUUGUCAAAUUCUACUCGUUCAAGGGCCUUAUGAGUACCGUUCCCGGUAACAAACUGGCCGAGGCUCUGCAUUGCUCGGAGGAGAAGCUGAAUGCCACGUUUGCAGCCUACAACAAGGCAUUGGCUGGUGAAGAGCCUGAUCCUUUCGGUCGCAAACUUUUUGGUAAGCAGCCUCUCUUGUUCGAGGAUGAGUUCACCUUUGGUGAAGUGCAGCCCGUCCUUCACUAUACAAUGGGUGGUGUCCAAGUGAACAACAAGUCGCAAGUCCUCUCUACUUCCGGUAAUCCCAUUGGCGGUUUGUAUGCUGCCGGUGAAAUUGUUGGUGGACUUCACGGAGAAAACCGUUUGGGAGGCUCCAGUUUGCUUGCCUGCGUUGUUUUCGGUAGACUUGCUGGUGAAGGUGCCUCUGCCGACGUUCUUCAUACUCUCAUGCCUAGCGCACCAGCUACCGUUUUCUCUGAAGGAGCUGCCACGGAAAAGUCAUCCUGACUAUCUACGGAUUCUUUAAGAAAAUCCGCUGCGCCAUUCAUUCUUCUCAAUCUGGUACUCUUCAACGCCGCUAUUCGCUGCAACUUGAAACGUCGUGGUAGUUUCCUCGUACGCCUGGUCUCUGUUGUAUCUUUACUCCUUGCGGUUAUGAGUUUGUUAGCUCUUCACUGAGGAGCACUAACGUAAUCAUGUCAGUUUUACCCCUACCACAAGUCUCUUUUUGCCAUUUCAUUAAAAAGUAGAUAUUAGAAGUCAUUAAUUAUGAAAGAUUGUUCACGCCUCA